AUGCAAUUUGCCACCCAUAUCGAGGAAAUACGUUGCAGAUGUUGGUGUCAAGACUAACGUUGUGACGGUCAACCCCAGCAUAAUUACGGAAAGGUUCCAGAGGCUGGAGAAAUGGCGGAGGCCUUUUUACCAGGUCCUGAAAUCCUACGAAAACUCCUCCGUGUUGCUUCCCGCCUUCUACAACACCCACAACACCGACGUCUCCCUCAGGGUCAGGUACGUCCUGGAUGACUUUCAAUCGAAGAAGGCCGUCUACUUUUUCCACCCCAAAUAUCUCAUCAAUGUCUCCCGCUACUGGCUGACUCAAGGGGUGCGGGCCAAGCGUAUCACCACAGGGCUGAUUCUCGUGACGGCCGCCUUGGAGCUCUGUGAAGAGGUGCACCUCUUUGGAUUUUGGGGUUUCCCCAUGAACCCCUCAGGGAUAUUUAUAACUCACCAUUACUACGACAACGUCAAACCUCGACCCGGAUUCCAUGCCAUGCCUUCGGAGAUGUUCAACUUUCUCCGUCUGCACAGCAGGGGGAUUUUAAGGGUCCACACGGAUGCCUGUGGCUACUCCUGAUCCAAUGCAACGGAUGGAUUUCUGUUUUUUCUUUUUUUUAAAAAAAGCGAAAUAUAGGGUUUUUUGGGGGGGUCCUUUGCCACAUCCUGAAGCAGAAAAGUAAUUGGCGAGCAAGGAUAAACAUGUCCGCUGGGCCAGGCAUACCGUGCAAACGAAUUUUAACGCUUCGAGAAAAAAAAUAUGCAAUAUUUUUCGUCAGGUUUUGCUUUUCUUCAGAGUUGGUGACCCGCCCCCUCUUUUUUCCCCCCUCGUCAGCCAUUUUGGGCUGUUGUCGUUUGGGUGAAGCACAUCUUAGUAUGGCAGGGAUGAGCACCCUGCCUUGGGGGGCCUCCAAGAAGCAAAGCACAUUAGCUAAAGAUUUUACAGUAGAAAUAGAGCACAUCGUUUUUAGGGAAUCAGUAUUUCAUUUCCAGGAGGGCGCCACACCUGUCAAACAGGGAAUUCAGAUGGGUUGUUUUGCACAUCAGCUGUGGAUUAGGGCAGGAUUUGUGAAAAGCUUCAAUGUAAGAAGCAUGGUGUAUCCCCUUAGCUCUGUCAUCUUUUUUGGGGUCAUGGAGUACAUCUUUCUGUCCUUCCUUCCUUCCUUCCUUCCUUCCCCUUUGUCCUUCCUCUCCUCUGCUCUCUUCC